UUUCAAAGAUCGCAGACGGAGGCUUCAUUAAUUUUCCCCCCUUCAAAGGUGCCUCACCAUCACUCAUUCAACGACAACCACAAUGGGAUAUUGCCGUCGCACUGCAUCAUGGUUGGCGACAGCCAUGGUCGCCGCAGCCCUUGUCCUAUGCUCUGCAUUAGUACCGGUACAGGGGUUUCUGGUUGAACCGAAUUGUUCUCCUUGCAACAAGAAGCAGUCUUUGAUCGGAACAUCGAAACCACUUCCACUGACGUCUUUACACGCAUUAGCAUUAGUCAACGAUAACGAUAAUACCAUUGCUACCAUCACCACACCCGAUCAUUCUCAAACGAUUACUUUGAUUGGUACCGCUCAUUUGUCACAGAAGAGCAACGAGCAAGUACAACAAGUCAUUCAACAACUACAACCACAAUGUGUCAUGGUCGAGCUGGAUCCCGAUCGGCUGGUUCGAAUUGGGAUUGACAAUCCCGACACGGACAUUUCCAUUCCUCGUAUUGUCACGGCACAAGAUAUCGUGUUGCAAGAAAAUGACAACGAUAUCAACAGCAACAACCCCUUGACAGGAUGGAUUCAAAAUGCCAUUGCCGACGCCUUUUCCAAAGUGGCGCGUGGCCUCCUCACGGACAUGUACAAUGACAUGAGCGACUCCAUGUCGUCAACAGAAGACAAAGUCAUUCCGGGAGGAGAAUUCUUGGCCGCCAUUCGAGCGGCCGAACAAUGUCCGUCGUGUCAUACACUCGUCUUGGGCGAUCGAUCGUCCACCGUCACCAUCAAACGAGCGGCGCUCUUGGCGUUGCAAUCGGGCAAUCCACUCGCCGUCUUGUCCAAAUUGGAACAAGCCAAUGCGCAAGAAAUGAAACAACUCGAAGUGCAAGUUCGCGAACAACUACAGGCGGAUGAUAAUAAAGAUGAUGCUGCUGCUUUCCAAGUGGCCAUGAUGGAAGCCUUGAAAGCCGAUGACACGCUUCGGGAUCGAUUGUUUCAACGCCUCGAACGGGAUGUGCCCGAAUUUACACAGGCGUUUCUCAAAGAACGAGAUUGGAUCAUGGCCGAAUCUAUUCGAAGAGAACUGACAGCAUCAUCCACAACAACAACAACAACAGCCAUUGUGGGAGUCGUAGGAUUGGCACAUGUGCCGGGGAUGGUACAGGUGUUGCAAGACAUCAUGACGGAUGCCAGCCUUGUGGGGGAGACUGUUACCACCACCACUACAGACGAACCAGCCACACAACAAUAGUCUAAUAGCUGCUUCUGAACGGAACCAGCCAGCACAUUGACUCAGACUACGGUACGAUACGGUUGGAUGCUACCGGUAUGUUUGGCCAGUCUCCUGGCGAACCAGACCAGCCAUGGCAUCUGUUACAGCUCCCCGAAUAGGAUCCUGCUCCGCUAAUUUGGAGGACAUUACGUAGUUCUAGUACGGUAGUGAGUCUAAGCCAAGUCUGACUCCGGCUUUCGCAGCAAAUAAUCCAAUACUCUAGCUAGCCCACCACAACCAUUUCUAUGGCUCUGCUGGACACAGUAAAGAGCAAUCUAUCUGCCCUUGCAGAGUUUAGUUUGGAUUGUGAUAGGAAUCCAUGUCCCA